UCCUCUGUGUUCAUGCAAAGAUUCAUACCAUGGAUAAUCCACUUGCUGACUGAAUGUACUAAUUAUAUAUACCCUAAGAGCGUGCAAAAGGGAAUGCAAUAAUUCCUUGCAUUCUCUUCUUCUACUUAAAAGCUAAUGGGAGAAGGCACGAGACGCAGUCUACCCAAGGAGGUUAGAAUAGAAGGAGGGAAGGUUCAACUCAAACGGUGAAGCUUGGCGGCCAUCUUCCUGUUAUCACCGUGACUUGUGCAAGGAAGUCUGUCAUUGCAACAUUUUUUUUCUUUUCUUUUUGAAGCAUGUCAGCUUGUACUGCAUAUGGAUGCACAUUUAGAUUGUCGAAAAAAAUUCCGGGCAUUAUUUUUCACACUUGAGAUGUGCGAGUGCUUACGUAUAGCGAUGCUGGACGUUCCUGAAACUGCCAACCAGGGUGAUUCCGUCGAAUUAUCUUGCAUCUAUGAUUUGGAUAACGUUACUCUGUACUCCAUAAAGUGGUAUAAGAAUGACAUUGAAUUUUACAGAUACGUACCCAAUGACUGGCCACCAGGACAGUUCCUACCUCUACCAGGUGUAUCGGUCGAUCUGUCCAAAUCCGGGAAGCAGUCGGUCUAUUUACGCAACGUGGACUUGAACAGCACGGGGACGUACCGGUGCGAAGUGUCAGCGGAGGCGCCUUCAUUCCAGUCUGUGGAAGCGGAGAGAGACAUGAACGUGAUGGGCCCUGAAUCUCCCACUACGGAAUCUCCAACGACUCAGCGCACCACCACCGUUACUACCACCACUGUUACUACUACCACCUUUAAGUCUUCCAGUGUGCUCACUAUCUUUACAAUUUCGGAAGUUCUACCGACGGAGGGGCCCAAGAUUACUGGAGGGCAAAACAGAUAUAACGUCGGGGACGUUGUUGCCAUAAACUGCACAUCGGCCAAAUCAAAACCAGCUGCGACUCUUCGUUGGUACAUAAAUGACCAUCUUGUAGGACCUGAAUUUCAAACAGAGCACUCAACUACUUUACAUGAGGAUGGACUAGAAACAUCAAGCUUGAGUUUGAAGUUCGUGGCCAAAGAGAAACAUUUCAUAAAUCAAAACAUGCGGCUGAAGUGUACGGCUUCCAUAACUAAAGAUUAUGUUAUGAGUAAUGAAGAGAUGUUUGUCGGAGGUAGACAGCAAUCCUCUACUCUUCAGAUAAACGAGAAUGAAAGCAGAGAGAAACCUAUUAAAGGUGCUGCUAGUCCGAAACGGAAAGGAGUAAAGCUAUCCCAAAGUUCCAAGAGUGGAUGCGCAGACUAUUUUCUUCAUUGGUUUCUCUUGUUCUCCGUAAUGCUGCUCCAUAUCAGAAUUACUUAAAUGGAGGAAAAUGGCUAGAAUGAUAAAACAAUGAAGUCAUCUGCCUUCCAGUUUUCUAAUGCUAAACAUGAAAACAAUAUAGAUCGCCAGUGAUAGCUCCAUUGCUGUGUCUUUCUCCAACUCUGUGUCAUUCCAAACAGGAUGAAAAAUACUUUCAAUGAAAAUUGUAUAUAAAAUGUGGAUGCAUCUUCUAUAGCGCUACUUCAUGAGACAUGCAUUAAUUGUUAAUUGUAUUCUUCAUCAUCAUUCCUCUUGCCAUUUUGUAGAUGUGCCAUGUGAAACAAUAAUUGUAAGAAUUUGAAUUUCAAAGUAAUGCAAGUGUAAAUUUAAAAUACGAAACAUACAUUACGCAUAAAAAUGGAAAAAAUAGAUAAAGAAGUGUGAAACUAAGGUAAAAUAUAACGGAUGCGAUUUUAUACCUUUUACCCCAAUUUGCUUCACAUAAAACUGGAUGGAUCGAUAAAAAAACAAGGUAAGACAACACGUACAACUGGAUAAAAAUAGUGCGAAAAAUUCUAAAUAAGAGUUCAAAUAAAGCAAGGAGUUUAAUAUACAUUAUAGAAAGAUAAAAAUAAACUACAGAAAUUUAGAUUUAUUCUAUAUAAAUCUAAUAGAGUAGUGGAACCUCGAUCUAUUGUUUUCAGUGGAAGGGAAAUUUAAAACAAAAAAAAAGAAUACUGGAAAAUGAUGAACCUAGUAAAUUAUUAUACAUUCUAAGUUAGUAACGUAUUUGUAAAUAAAUAAAUUUAUUACUGUUAAUAUAAAUACGUUACAUUAAAAACUUCUUAAGAAAAAAUGCUGUUCAUUUUCCUAUGCAUCUUGCAUGAACGCUGCUUCAAAUACGACUUUUCGAAACUUAAAUUGUUUUUACGGCCCCAUCACUUCUGACUUUGCAUACAGAAAAAUACUUAACACAGUCUUUGUAAACCUCUGCACAGUCUUUGUAAAUCUCUGCACAAUUUCUUCUUUAUUUUUUAUUAAAUAUGAAUAAUCCUUCUAGUAUACAUCGUUUUUUAAAUAAUCAAAUAACAGUAAUAAAUAAAAAAUAUAGUUAAAUAUUAUAUUAUUAUAUAUAUAUAUCAUUAAAUUGUUAUUAUUAAUACAUUAAUAAAUAAUAGUAAUAUAAAUUUAAUAAUUAAAUUUGGAUAUCCUUAUCUAAAUAAUCCUUUUAUGUAACAUUUUCAUAUAAUCCUUAUAUAUAUAUAUAAAUAUAUAUAUCCUUUACUCCGAAUAAUCUUAAAUAUAAUACUCAGAAAUAGCGAGAAACAUAUAAGGAAAAAUUAUCUAUCUGGGAAGUAUGGAUCGAAGGUCUUCUUUAUUCACCAAAAUGCAGCGAUAGAUUUCUCUCAGGGAGGUCAUUUCAGUUCCAAAACUUACGUACAUUUAAAUUGCUGAGAAAAUACUUCUAUUUCCGGAUUUGGCAAAUGAAACUUUGACUAUUCAAAAGGAAAAAAUUUUAACUGUAAUACCUUUGUAAUUUUUAGUAGGUCUGGUUCUUUUAAAGAAAGAAGACAAGAUGUCUCAAAAAGUGAUAAGGUGUCUAUCAUUUUUGUGUGAUAUUAAUAUAUUCCAGUCUUCAUAUUUUGAGCAUCCUAGAAUACUUUUGACACUAAGGCUUCACUUUUCGAUUUGUUCUACAGCCUACCUUCAUUUAACUCCUCUUUUUCCUAUGUUAUCAAAUUCUAAAUUUAUCUCAAUCAAAAAUCAGUGUAUUGCAUUAGGAAUAACAAGGAAUUACACCGGGAAAUGUUUUAAACUCCGAAUGAAAUUGUAGAAGAAACAUUAACGUUUGAUCAUACAUUUACAUUUCAGUAAUUUCAAAAUAAAGAUAUGUGAUUCUAUACGAGUAUUAAGUUUUAUAAUAUGAUUUAGCACAUUUUAUUUCAAAGAUAUAAAAUAAAAAAAAUGCUGUUACGAUAUUUAUUACAAAUGCAAAUCGCAAAUGCAAUACACAUCGCAAAAUAUUUUUGAAGCUGGAAAGUUUUAAAUUUCCACCGUUUCAUUUUCCUGAAAGUGUGUAGAUAUAUGCUUUCAAAUUUAUAUAUUUUGGUUUGACAGAAUUAUUUAGAUUAUAAUUAUGUUACAUACUAGAAAAUCUUUGUAAAUAGAAUUUGUUUAAUAUUUUAUUUUCUUGUAAUCUUACGUGUGUGUAAGUGUAUACACGAGAUGAAAAAUAAAGUAUAACAUGGUAUUAGG